AUGUCCAUCGUAGAAGAAGAAAAUCCUGGAGCCACCAAUUCUGGCGAGAAAAAUGUUGUGCGGGAGGUGACGGUGGAGGUUGAAGCCCAGAACGAGCGGCCCAUGACAAUAGCCGCUGAGAAAACUGCGAGAGGGUGGAUGAUCGCUCUUGGUUCAUUUCUAAUCCUGAUUCCAUCAUAUGGUUUCAUGUUGGCGAUUGGUGUUGUCCAAGCCUACCUACACGCCAACCAACUAUCAGAUUACACAACCCGAGACAUAGGAUGGAUUGCAGGAAUGUUUACGUUUCUCGCUCUCUUCCUCGGUAUUCAGGCUGGCCCUAUUAUCGACUCCUUUAGUGUGCGCCUUCUUGCACCCAUCUCCGUUGCUAUAAGCCUUCCUCUGUUCUUCCUCUUAGCCGAAUGCACACUGUACUGGCACUUUAUGCUCUGCAUCGGAGUACUCGGUGGCCUCAGCUCAGCCAUCACCGCGACCCUGGGUGUUGCUGUGAUAGGAAAGGUCUUCCUUGAAUACCGUGGAUUGGCAAUGGGUGUGGCCUUCUCUGGUUCCAGCCUGGGUGGUGUCAUCUUCCCCUUGAUGCUCCGAGCCACCCUCCCGAAGUGGGGUUUCGCGUGGUCGAUGAGGGCUGUGGGGUUCGUGAGCACUGCGCUGCUGGUCCUGGCAACCGGCUGUCUGUGGCACUGUGACAAGUUGACUCUCAUGGACAGCAACGAGCCGCUGGUCAACGGCGACAUCCCCGACACUGUUGUCGGCGAUCUAACACAGGUCACUUCCCACAGAUCACGCGCCGAUGCCCCUAAGCCCAAGAAAAUGGCCAUGAUCAACUUCUCCGCCUUCAAGUCUCCUCCAUUCUGUCUUUUGACGGCAUCCAUGCUGCUUCUGGACUUUGUCAUUUUUGGAGUGGCUGGUCUUCUUCCCACAAUGGUAUCCAUCAAUGGAUUUGGUGACGAGACGGGAUAUUAUCUGGUUGCCAUUCUGAACACAUGUUCCAUCGUUGGUCGCCUCUUGACUGGAAUAAUCGGCGACCGCUUCGGCCAUUUCAACGUUAUUAUCGUGACAGUCGCCUUGACUCUGGUCUGUACCGCCAUCACACUUCUCCCCUUUGGAACGACACAUGUCCAAGCUCUCUACGCCUUCUCUGCCCUCUGGGGUUUCGGGUCCGGCUCAUUCCUCCCUCUACUUCCAGUGUGUAUGGGGAAGAUCUGUGAUCCCAAAGAGUACGGACGUUAUUUCGGCACCAUGACUUUUGUCAACAGCUUCGGUCUGCUCAUUAGCGUCCCCAUUGGCGGCCAGAUGCUCGACACCAUGGGCCCCACGGCCCUUUCAGGUUUCUACGUUGCCGUCAUAUUCCUCGGUGGUGUUGCCAUUGUUGCGGCGAGAGCUCUGCUGAUUGGAACAUGGUUCGGAUUUAAAGAGAAAAUCUAA